AUGUUAUAUACAAAAUUUGGUGCCCGUUUUGUAUUUUUGUCAGCUGGAAUACUUUCAACAAUAUCUACGGGAUUAUUACCUUUUGCUGCUUCUAAAGGAAUGAUUGAAUUUACAUUAAUUAGAUUAAUUCAGGGUUUUGCUUAUGGGGCUAAUUUUGCAGCUAUUGGGUUUGUUUGUCAACGUUGGGCUACUUUACAACAACAUGGAUUCUUUUUAGCUUGUAUGACUACAUUUAAUGGCCUUUCUGUUACUUUGACUAAUCCAGUUGCUGCAUUUAUAAGUUCUACUCCUUCAUUGGGUUGGAAUUGGGUCUAUUAUUUUCAAGCAUUAGUUUCCCCAAUAAUUUUCGGAUUAUGGCUAUUUCUUUACACUGACCAUCCUGAUACCCAUUCAUGUGUUAGUCAAAUUGAAAAGGAUAAAAUAUUAUCAGGCAAAACUGAGGCAGAAAUUGGACUUAGUGGAUUUAUGCCUUAUCGAGCAAUUUUAACAAAUAAAAUUGUGCUCGUUAUUUGGCUUAAUUCAUUUGCGGAUAUUAUCACAUCCGUAUUUUUAAUUACGUAUUUGCCUACUUAUAUUUCUAAAGUUCUUCGUUAUGGUGUUAGAGAAACUGGGAUUUGUAGUGCUUUACCCGCACUUUUACAUCUUCCUGUUAAACUUAUUUCUGGAUGGCUAUCUGACAAUAUGAGGUAA